AUGAUUUCUUUCAGAUUUGAGGAAUGGCCAGAAGAAUACAUUAAACAAAUGCAUGAAUAUUUUGUGGAAACUCAAAAAUUGGGUGAUUUGAAUAUGGCCAAAUAUAGUAUGGUUAAUGGACCAAUUUAUAACUUAUUUAAGGGCUUUUCAUGGUUUUCUGGAAUUGCAGAAAGAGGAAAUUGUGCCUAUUGGACAUCAAAUGGUUUGAAAAUAGCUCAUAUUUUAAAUAGCUCAACAAUGUGGCCUAAAUACGCGAGCAUCAAAUUAUACACCAAAGUUAUUCUUAACAAGCAAGAAUUAUGGGAAAAGUGGACUGAUUUCAAAAAGAAGAGUACUGAUAUGAUUAAUCAAACAGUUGGUAGAGAAUUAAUUACACCCCCACCAUCAGCAAGUCAACAUGACUCCCAUGAGGGUUUCCUCUCGAGAAUUAAUGAAACGUUCUUUGAGAAUGACAAUGAAGAGGAAGCUAAAUUAGCUCCCUAUUGGAAAAGAUCCAAUUUCAAUAUUGUCACCUACAGAUGCAAAGAUGAGAGAAUGAGAGCUUCCCAGAUAAAGGGCUGGGUUAAACCAUUCAGAUCACUCGAACAUUUAAUCUUUGAUGAAAUGGAUGAAAUGUCCAAUGUAAUUGUUGAAGUGAAGGAAAACAAUAAUGAACUCGUAGCAGUACCAUCCCUCAAAGAACCAAAUCAUCGUCCAAUGUGGAAUUUAUAA